UCAUCGAUUAUCCAAUGGCGUCACUGUAAGUCGAAGGUCACGAGCGAAGCAGCAUGGCCGCUCUGUUAAGGGGCUCGCGGUGUCUAGUAGGAAAGUGUCAUAAUCAUGUCAACGCCGUGCAGGUCUCCAUCAGGUCCAUGGCCUCUAAAACCCAGGUGGGCUUCAUUGGCCUGGGGAACAUGGGAAACCCAAUGGCAAAGAACCUCAUAAAACAUGGAUAUCCAGUGAUGGUCUCAGAUGUAUUUCCAGAGUCCUGCAAAGAGCUACAGGAACUGGGAGCUCAGAUUCUGGACAGCCCUGCGGAUGUGGCAGACAAGGCAGAUCGAAUCAUCACAAUGCUUCCCUCCAGCCCCAAUGUUAUAGACGUGUAUACAGGCCCAAAUGGCAUCCUGAAGAAAGUGAAGAAGGGAUCCCUACUCAUUGAUUCCAGCACCAUUGAUCCAGCUGUCUCCAAGGAAAUGGCAGUUGCCACAGAGAAACUGGGAGCUGUUUUCAUGGAUGCCCCAGUGUCUGGAGGUGUUGGUGCUGCCACUUCAGGUAAGCUCACCUUUAUGGUUGGUGGGCUAGAGGAGGAAUUCAAUGCAGCCAAGGAGCUUCUGAGCUGUAUGGGUGCUAAUGUGGUGUACUGUGGCCAAGUUGGCACCGGACAGGCAGCUAAAAUCUGCAACAAUAUGCUGCUCGCCAUUGGGAUGAUUGGAACAGCAGAGACCAUGAACUUGGGAAUCAGAUUAGGGCUUGACCCAAAACUUCUGGCGAAGAUCUUGAACAUGAGCUCUGGCCGCUGCUGGUCAAGUGACACAUACAACCCUGUCCCGGGAGUUAUGGAGGGAGUGCCCGCUGCAAACAACUACCAGGGUGGCUUCGGAACUACACUAAUGGCCAAGGAUCUGGGACUUGCUCAGAAUACAGCAACUAACACAAAGACACCAGUGCCGUUGGGCUCUCUGGCCCAUCAGAUUUACCGCAUGAUGUGCGCACGCGGCUACGCCAGCAAGGACUUCUCAUCUGUCUUCCAGUUCCUUCGAGAAGAGGAGGGCCAGUAGACGGCAACACUCUGUCCCUUCCAAAGCCUUACCCAGCACUGCCUGCCUUUCACAUGACCUGACAUGCAAAACUUUGACCCAACUAUGUGAUUUCAUUGGCAUGCGUGUGCUGGGAGCCAUAAAUAAAUGAAUGAAUGAGUGAGUGAGCACAUAUGUAGAUUGGAUGGUAGUGGGAAAGGUGUGUGUGUGUGUGUGUAAUGUUUGAGGCUGUGAGUUCCUGUUGGAAUCAUGUUACUUUUGUGGGUCCACUCAUGUACAAUUAGUAAUCCACCAAUCAAUUGAUGAGAUGCCGUGAAUUAAAUUUUUGUUCUGAUUUUUUUUUCUUGCCUUCGUUGCUGUUCUGUAGGCUAACAAAAAUUUAUCAUUUCAUUCUCACAAACCCGCAAGACUCAGAUCAGCCGUUACACUCCUUCUCUUUGCAUAUGUACAAUUUUAGUUUUUAUAUCUUUAAUGUAUCUGUUGAGUCUAAUUUGCUGUGGCCUAGUCUUGGCAAUUGUUAAUAGUGUUGGAUCUACAUGUAAACACCUGGAAAUGAAAGCAGGAAAUAUCUGUAGCUUUGAUGUUAAGACUGUGGCGUGUUGAUGCAAGUUUAUAACACCUAUUUUUCAGUUCUACGCAAACCUGGAAACUGAAGUGGUAUUGUAAGGGUACUAAGCAAGGUUUACAAUUGUAUAGGUAAUCCUGAUGAAUGCGGUUAACCAGUUAAAAUGAUGCAACAAAGCACAUAUUUUUACCUGGUCUACCCCUCUCUUCAAGGUCAAGCAGUGGAAUGUUUUUUGAUGCUUCUUUAUGAAGCCUCACCUUGAAUUCAGUGGCAUGUAACAUGCACAAUAAAAACGACUCAUCAACA